GCCUUCCGUGCUCCGGAGCCUCUGAUUGGUCCGUCUAGCUGCCUGUCUUUGAGACUGAUCUCCGCCCCUUUUGGCCCGCUGCCAGUUUCCUGGGUGACGUCACGGGCCGCUCAGUCUCAGAUGUAUUCAUUUCGCUUGGCUCUGUAAGGCCCUUUCUCGCUUUCCGGCUGCCGCUGCCGUAAAGCAGUACCGCGGGUGUCGCAAAGGCGUCGCGAGGGGCGCUCGAGUCCUUAGCAACGGGGCCUAGCCGCCUCGCCAGCCUUAGCAACGGGUGAGGAUCCCGGCGGAGCAUGGCCGAGGCGUCGGGGGACCACUCUCCUCGGGCGGCGGAGCUGGUCCAGGCGCUGUCGGGGCCUCUGGCCGCCUUGCAGGAGGGGCAGGAGGGCGGCUCCCGCGGGGCCCGGCUGCAGGCCUUGGCUCGGGUCCGGGAAGUGGCGCUGGAGGCGCCAUGGCCGCCGUCGCUGCUGCAGGAGGUCUUCGAGACGAGGCUGCUCCGUCCGCUGCUGCGCUGCUUGGUGUCGGACCCGGCGGAGCGAUGCCGGGAGCUGGCCCUAGAGCUGACCCGCCAGGGCUUGAGCCGCGGGGGGCAACCCUCCAAGGCGCUCCCCUUCCUCAUGCCGGCCUUGGCCCAGCGCCUCUCCUCUUGGCCCGAAGGCCACGGCGAGCCCUGCGAGGAGCUCCGCCUGGGCCUCCUCCAGCUCCUGGCCCAGCUGCUCCGGGGCUGCGAGGGCCAGGCCUUGGCGCCUUACUUGCCCGAGAUCCUCGGCGUCCUCCGCGGCGCCCUCCUCGACCCCAACCCUCAGGCCAAGCGCCAGGCCUCCGACGCCGCCGUCCUCGCCGCCAAGGCCCUGCCAGAACAUUUUCACCUGCAGUCAGAAAGCUUGAUCACUCCCUUAAUGCAAGCAAUUUCUCACCAACAUUAUCGGGUCCGUGUUGCUGUCAUUCAGGCCACAGGUGCAGUGAUACAGUUUGGCAAUGUGAAGUCUCUGGACGAUGUCCUUUCCCACCUGGCCCAACGGUGUUUUGAUGAUAUCCCACAGGUUAGGGAAGCUGUUAUCAGUGUCAUUGGAGAGUGGCUAUUGCAUCUGCGGGAUCGAUACUCUUACUUUCACAAGUUAAUUCCUCUGCUGCUCAGUGGCCUUACUGAUGAAAUGCAUGAAAACAAGGAGUUGACUCUCACUUACUGGAAGAAAAUAGGUCUGCAAUGGGAAAAAGAAAAUGAAGAAGAUAUUAAGGAUAAACUUGACUUUUAUUCUGUACCACCUUAUUAUCCUCCAGGAUUAACACGUCCAGAACUGGGGUGUCGGGAACUUGUGACCAGACACUUGUUCAAAAUACUUCCAGGUCUCUGCAAUGAUUUAACUGACUGGGUUGAUGGCACCAGAAUAAAGGCAUCCCAGCUUCUGGUUAUACUUUUGCAGCAUGUGGAGGACCACAUUACACAACAUAUGGACUCUCUUCUCAGGGCCUUGUACCGUGUGUGCUCAGAUGAAGAAAGUAUUGUGGUUAGGAAUUGUUUGAAAGCAGCAGAGCUGAUUGGAGCUUUUGUCAGCCCAGCAGUGUCUCUGAAAUUAAUAGUUUCUGACCUCGAAAAAACACCCAUGACUUCUUACCUCAUGGUUCUAGCAGCGGUGAUACGUGGUUCCCCAAAGAAAAUCUUGCAGCCUCAUUUGGUGUACGUUGCCAACAUGCUAUCCCAACCCGAAGUAACUCAGCGAUCUGAAGAGGUUUUUUAUGUGACGCAAUUAUUCUCCUGUGUGGAAGCUCUCAUUGAAGUGUGCCAAGAAGACUGUAAAGAAAUAAGUCUCCAGCUAACAAAGAUUUUAAUCACAAUAUUGGCAAUACCACCAAAUAUUGGACAUUUACAUGUAAAGUUAGAAGAAGCCAUGAACACAUUGGCUGAGGUGCAGCAUUUAGAAGGUACUGUCAACCUGUACCGACAACAUAUAGCUCAGCUUAUGGAAUGGGUAUCUUUAACUCAUGAUCGCUGGACUUGUUACUCUCCAGAAUUACUGCAGUUGGAUGUAAUUGCCACUCAUUCAGGCCCUGUAAUAGGUGAGGCCCUUCAGGAUUUUAUUCCCAUUCUUCAAACAGGCCUUCAGACAUCCAUAGACCCUCGGGUACGUCUGAAACUGUUUAUGACAUUAUCCCAGUUGCUUCAGAAGCCAAAUGAGACUGUCAAUUCUCAAGGGCAGUUCUGUAACUACCUUGAGAUUGUGAUAAAAGACAUCCUGGCUCCUAAUCUGCAGUGGCAAGCUGGAAGAACAGCAGCUGCCAUUCGCACGACGGCUGUCUCAUGCCUCUGGGCUCUUAUUUACAGCGAACUGCUUUCUCCAGAAGAGAUGACACGCGUUGGAGGUGAACUGAUGCCUAAGAUCAUUGCCACGCUGGGAGAGGAUUCUAAAAUGACACGCUUACUGUCCUGUCGGAUUAUUGGCACAUUUUUGGACAGCUGUGGGAAACAGUUUGAACUCGCCAAAAUUUAUCCAGAAAUCCUAAACCGUUUGGAAGAUACAUCCCAUGAUGUCCGCCUGACUGCUGCUAAAGCCUUGACUAGUUGGUUCAAAUGUAUAAAUGAUGAUGAAAAAAAAGCCCUGUUGAAAAACAAUAUUCGGCUUGUAUAUGAGGUACUCUUGGUUCACCUGGAUGACCCUGACCAAAACAUCCAAGCAGCUAUUUUAGAUACUUUGAAAGAAGGAGGUACUCUCUACCCAGACAUCUUGGCAAAAGAAAUUGAAGCCGUUGUGUAUAAACAUCGCACUCCAACCUACUGUGAUCAACUGCUGUUACACAUCGAAUCAACCGGCUGGAGAUAUUCAGAGUCAUAAAUGCCUCUCGGUGACAGUGUCCAAACUCUGCCUUAUAGUAGGAAUGGAGCGAUCCUGUUUGUGCCACAAUAGCGUGACACUUCAAUAAAUUGGGAAGUUGAAGCUGGUGAUGUUUGACAUUCAUGUGGCUAGAUAAAACAUUUUUAGACUUGUUUUUAAGCAAAAGAUUUUAAAGAUUUUAUAGAAAAUAUGUGAUAGACACAAGCAUGAAUGAAUGUGCUUCCUGUUAAUUUGCUCUGCGGUAUUUAUUGGUAUAGAUUCCAGUCAAGAUCCACUAGUAUAUUUUGGCAUCUAAUGGUCAUGAAAUGGGGACUUUUUAUUUCCUCCCUCUCCUGAUUUAUUCCUCCAUAGCACCAAAACCCUGUUCCAGAAGGUUUCCCAAUCCUGCAGAGUGACCUGCAGAAGGAAGAUUGUCGUUCCUGUCAAGAAGCAGCAGGAUCUUGCAAAAAGGUUACUGUUGGAUCCUGGCACCCAAGUCUGAAAUCUCUCUUAUGAUCUUAGACUCCAGAAUAACAGCACAGUAAGAAGGUCAGCCAGCCAUGUACAUUAUGGUGUACUUUGUUGAAAUCUAUAGUUCACCAAUUUGGAGAGCUUUGGUCUAGGAAUGCCCACCGAUAACUUAAUGAUUUAUGUACAGGAGUAUUCAGAUUUAUUUUUAUGUUCUUGGAAAUGUCACUGUUCUAUUUCUAAAGCGUGAACAUUUCCACUCUGAGCCAGGACCAUUGUUAUAAGCAGAAAAGUAGAAAAAUCAGCAUCUUGCAUUUUUUUAAAUAUAUAUAUA